AUGUCUACGUAUCCUGGAUGCUCAUUUGAACUAACUAUCUUAGGAAGCUGUGGGGGCCCCCUAAACAAUCAUACACAGAGUUUCUUGAUGAAACGCGCAGGAUCGAGUGAAUCAGGAUAUAUUUGCAUUGAUGCGGGGUCCGGACUAGCUGAGAUCGCAGAUAUGAUCUACGCACAGGAAUACGGUAACACGUUCUUAGUCAAGAGUCUAUACAAAUCUAGUGCCGAAGACGUUUCACGAUUUCUUGCACAAGGGGUACGGUGUACCAUUGGGUUUGGUACACCAAGUGAAGUGUUCCUGAAGAAAAGCGCAGAGGCCCACAGCAGCAUUAUGAGGACCGCUUGUGAAAUAUUCUCCGAAGUUAGGGAAUAUUAUAUCACACAUCCGCACCUCGAUCAUAUGAUGGGUCUAAUACUCAAUGCCCCAUUAAUUUACACCAAACUGGGAUCCUAUAAGAACGUUUAUGGCACAGAACAUACCAUACAAGCGAUAAAAGAACAUAUAUUCAAUGAUAAGAUUUGGCCCGAUUUCACCACAGACAACACGAUCAGAUUAGAAGCACUAGAACCUUCGAUUCGCAGGAAUACCUAUUCAAUACAGGGCAUUGAUUGCAUACCGUUUACGUUGAAUCAUGGUCAAACAAUAGAUACCAAAGAACCUGUACUGAGCACAGCGUUUCUAUUCCAUGAGCACCAAACUGAUGGACAUGUUCUGAUUUGUGGUGACACUGAAUCAGAUCUUGUCUCCAAGACAGACUCUUUACUCAACAUAUGGACAUAUCUAGCAGAGAAUGUACCCAUUAAUAACUUGAAGGCCAUCGUACUUGAGUGUUCUAACACAGACGAAGUGGAUACAAGCAAAUUAUACGGGCACUUGUGUCCUCAGCAUAUUAUAUGGGAAUUGAAAAGGCUAAUAGAGGUAUACGAUGUGAAGCCAGAGAAUUUUAGCUUGCAUGUGAUUCUAACACAUGUGAAGGAUAUCGAUUCAGAAGAGGAUCCCAAAAUCACUGUGUUGAAACAGGUAAAUAAAAGGUGCAAACAGCAAGGAUUAGACAAAUAUAAUAUCAGUUUUUCCAUGGCGAUCCAAGGUUUUACAAUGAUUCUUUGA